CGGCGACCCCGCCGCCGCAAAAACCCUUCCACGGUUCCACCCUCCUCGCGCCACGCACGCACGCUCCGCCGCCGUUUUGCCUCUCCUCUGCCCCGGCGGCGCGCGCGCCGUGCAAGAGGGCCAGCGGUCACGCGCCGCGGCCUCCCGUAGGGGACCCGCCGGCGCUGUAGCGUGAUCUAUCUCUUGGAGCGUCCGGAGUCGUCGCUCGCUCGCUCGCUCGUGUCAGGGUUUGCUCCGGUACGCACGCGCGCGCGCCCCUCCCGUCCGGUACGGAGUCCUCAGCCCUCCCCCGCUGUCUCCGACGAGGGUGAAGGAGACCGGCCGUCGGCGCAUCGGUUUUGCUCAGGAGGAGUAUAUACAAGGAUUUGUAUGCUACAAAUAUUUUCAAGGAUAGCAACAAGCAGCCCUCGCCGAGUUAUCUGUGCAUUGAAUUCGUGCAGUUCAAAUUGCCGAAGUGCUAGCACAAGCAGUCCCAUGAAUUCAAAUGAAAUGUUGGGAGUUCAGGAAACGGUACAAACCGACGGGAAUCACAAUUGCUCUGCAAGUGUUCAGUCCACUCCUGACAUUGAGAAGAAGUAUGUGCACCGUGUAUAUGAUGCCAUAGCUCCGCACUUCAGCUCAACGCGCUUUGCAAAAUGGCCCAAGGUUGCAGGAUUCUUGAAUUCGUUGAGGCCAGGGUCAGUUGUACUGGAUGCUGGCUGUGGUAAUGGAAAAUAUUUGGGCUUCAAUCCUGACUGCCUCUUCAUAGGCUGUGAUAUAAGCCCUCCACUGAUUGAGAUAUGUGCUGGGAGAGGGCAUGAAGUGUUGGUUGCCGAUGCUGUCAACCUCCCAUACAGGGACAAUUUUGGUGAUGCAGCAAUUUCAAUAGCAGUAUUGCAUCAUUUAAGUACUGAUGCCAGGCGGAGGAAGGCCAUUGAAGAGUUGAUCCGUGUUAUUCGGAAAGGUGGUCUUGUGCUCAUCACUGUCUGGGCUGUGGAGCAGGAAGACAGAUCACUUCUCAACAAGUGGACUCCCCUCUGUGAGAAGUAUAAUGAAGAGUGGGUUGAUCCGAGCAGCCCGCCAGUGCGUAAUCAAUCAGCUACCGUGCUUGAAAGCAUUGCAGAGACUGAUGAAGACACAGGUGCAGUGAAGCAAAGGAAUGAUAAUCUGAAUAGAAGUAAUGAUGGUUUGGAUGAUAACUCCAAUGUAAUUUGCAGCAAUUCCUCAAUUAUUGAUGAGCAUCAUAAAACCCAGCAGGAGUACUUUGUUCCUUGGCAUCUUCCAUUUCACCGAGCUGAAAUUGGUGGUGCAUCUGCUGCUGCUCUUGAAAAUGGGUUUGCAAAAAGAGAUGACAAGAAGGGUACCGUUGUCUACAGCCGUUAUUACCAUGUUUUUGUUGAAGGAGAACUUCAAAGGUUAGUUGCUGGUAUAAACAAUGCAUCUGUUGUUGACCAAUUCUAUGACAAAUCAAACUGGUGCAUCGUUCUCGAGAAGCUUUGAAAAUGAAACUAAAAGUGCCGGGGAGAAACUCAUCUGGAGUCCGUGCCCUCGUAUCUUAUGUGUAAGGACCGCAGUUGUAGUAGGCAAGCACAGUUUUGAGCUCAAUGUACGAGGUCUGAUACACAAGAACCGCUUUAUUGAAUUUAACUGUCAUAGUUCUAAAUUCCCUUCGCUCGUUGUUGGUGAAGAUCACUUUU